AUGAAACUGUUGGAGAAUUCCAAUCUAGAAGCAUUAUCUUCGCGGAUUAGUAUAUCUGCGAUCGAUUGUAUUUUAGAUCUAAAAGUUGAAGCAUACUCAUGUAAAAUGAUUCAAAGUGAUAAAAAGCAGUGGAAAAACGUUGAUAACAGUAUACCUGCUGAUCGACAACCCUUAUCACCUCCUGAUGAUUUUUUAAGCUUGAGUGCUUCUCCCAUAGGACAUUCUGCAAGAAUGCGUCAUCUAUCGGAACCUAGUUGUUCAAGUUCUGAUAAUGACGGUGAAGAUAUUUUGGUAGAUUCCAUCUCGAUGAGGACGCUGUUUGAUUUAAGAGGAGUUUUAAGCAGUGCUUACUCCGACUACGAUUUUAGUGAAGUUAAAAGUAGCUCUUUCUCUCUAAUACCAUGCUUGGAGGAUGUUUGUGAUGCUGUUGAUCCGCGUUUCUCAGCAACAGUUCACGAUUAUCCUAACAUCAAAGAUGACUUGUGGGGUGCCGUAGAAACUGAAAUCGAACCUUCUUCUUGUAAAAUAUAUGGCUACAAGUCAGAAUUCAAUGGUGAUCCAUUUUCUGAAGAUGGGUGCAUGUGGGGUUUCAGUUUCAUUUUCUUCAACAAGAACCUCAAAAGAGUUUUGCUUAUUUCUUGCCGUUGCUUGUCGCAAAACGCGCAUAAUACAUCUAGUGAACUUUGGGACCUUGAUGAGGACUAG